AUGAACAACACCGCUGCCGCUAUAAAUCCUAAUCCAAACGUCAUACCGUUCGAUGACACAUACAUCCUUUAUGACUCCGAUGACUUUUUAUCAUUUCUGAGCGCAUAUUUCUCGCUGAUGCCUAUCCUAGUAUUGUCUUUUUAUUUGUCGUGGUUUAUCAUCACAAGAGAAUUAGAAGCCUGCAUUGUGGCCUUCGGCCAGCUAACAAACGAAAUUUUUAACAACGUGAUCAAGAAUAUAAUAAAACAACCACGUCCUGUAUCGUUCGGAGUAUCAUUCCAAAAUGACACUAUAAGAUCUGGUUAUGGAAUGCCCAGCGCACAUUCCCAAUUCAUGGGAUUUUGCUUUACUUACAACUCCUUGAAAAUAUAUACUUCAUGGAGAAAUCUUAACGUUUACGAAAAAUGCAUUUUUUUCAGUGGACUGGCCUUAUUGUCGUUCUGUGUUUGCUUUUCCAGAGUUUACCUUCACUACCACAACCUGGACCAAGUAAUCGUCGGAUUCAGUGUGGGAGCACUAACUGGCGCACUUUAUUUUGUUAUACUUGGCAUCAUAAGAGAACUGGGCUUAAUUAAUUGGUUUCUGAAACUACGCAUUGCCAAGUUAUUUUACAUGACAGAUUCCUAUAACCUGGCACCCGUGACGCUGAAAGAGAGGUAUGAAGUAUACUGGAAAAAGUUAAAUCAGCAACCUUUCAAUAUCAAAUCCAAAACAGAGUAG